UUUCUUGGCUAGCAACCUCAGAGAAAUUAUGCAACAAUUUUUAUAGCUGGGGUAUAUAAAGACUCAAUUUUAAGUCGCAUUAUGUAGUAGACUCUGCAAUCUGCAAAAUGGCCACAUAUAUUGUUUUGCUCUCUCUACUUCUCCUUCACUUCAACGAAGGACGUGUAACUAUUAAAUUUGAUGAGAGGCAAACAACCAUUCGUGAAAAUGAUUGUGGAGAAAUCCACGUUAGCAUAACUGGACAGAGGGCAAGGGCCGUUUGUAUAACAGUUAGGUCAAUCACCUUCAGUGAAUUCACCGGCCAACUUCCCUCUGAAUAUCCCCUGGAAUCCCUCCCAGAUCCAGCAGAGGUUGAGGACUUCAGCCAUGAUGCUAUUACCUUGCCCUCAUUCAAUGGUGGUGCUGGAGCUACAGUUUUUACUGUUGACAUAUCAUCUCUAAUUGACGAUGAUGUAAACGAAAGGAAUGAAGGUUUCUGGCUUUUGAUUGAAGUGCAGAAUGAAGAUGAUGUGACAAUUGAGAGGAGCGGAUUAGCUCUUGUUAUAAUUAAGGAUAAUGAUCCCAUCAGUAUUGGAUUUGCUCUACCAGUGUACGAAACAAUCGAACAAAAUAGGCUGAUUGACGACCUCGUGUUUAUCGUGAAGGACGGCAAUGUGAAGUCUGAGCAGGUGCUUAAAAUCCUCGUCAUGGCUACAUCUGGUUCAGCUGAUAUGGGGGUCGACUUCUCGGCUUUACGUCUGACUGAGUUGGUGUUCCAACCUGAAGAUGAGGCAGUCCCAUUCCCAUUCUACUUGUAUGAGGAUCAGAUUCCAGAAGGAGUUGAGUAUUUUCCACUGUUUUUAUCAUUGGAUGAGAGCCAACAAGGACUGCAAUUGAGUGCCCUAUCUGAUGCUAUGGUGAAAAUUCAGGAUAAUGAUGGUAACGAGUGUGAUGAUACAAGACUUAAUGACUGUGCCCCAAAUGCCUUGUGUGAGCGUACUAGUGAUGGUCACGUCUGUUCAUGCCCUCCUGGAUUUGUUGGGUUUCCAAUGGUUGUUUGUGUUGAUGUUGAUGAGUGCUCCACACCUAUCCUUAAUAGCUGCACUCCAGCCAACCUAUGUGUCAACACUCCAGGGAGCUUCACGUGCACCUGUCCUCCUGGAGAUAACCAGUGUAUUUCAGAUAAGGAAAUGUGUUCUCGAGACAGUGACUGUGGUGACCGUGCCUCCUGCCAAAACAGGCCCCUUGGCAGAUGUGUCUGUAACGAUGGUUUCUCUGGAGAUGGACGAACAUGUACUGAUAUUGACGAGUGUACAGCUGGGACGGACGAGUGUGGGAGCAACUCUACCUGUAUCAACACCAUGGGCUCUUACAUGUGUCCAUGUAACAAAGGGUUCAAAAGAGGGAGUUCGAUAUUUGAGUGUGAAGACAAAGAUGAAUGUGCUGUAUACCCUAAUAUAUGUGAGAACACUGAGCAAUGUGUCAACACUCCUGGUAGCUACGAAUGUGUCCUCCUGAGUGUGUGUGUAUUUCUGCAGAUGAGGCCACCCCUCGUAGCAGAUUCAACAAGACAAAGAGCAAGGGCCGGAAAAAUAAGAAUAGAUAUGAUACAAGGAACAAUGAAGAGAGUAGUUCAAGCUCAAGUUCUUCCUCCAGUAGUUCAAGGAGUUCAAGUUCACGUUCACGUUCUUAACCCAGUAUAGAAGGAGUUCAAGUAGUUUAAGUUAACUAUACAAACUCAAAAUUACUGCACCAACUAUGCACUAACAUAAAGCUGAAUUUACAAAACUUAUAAGCUGUGUUUAACAUAGAAUGUAAUGUAGACGAAAAAUGGAAUGUACAUGAUUGUAACUUUUAUUGUACGUCACACUGAAA